CUGAUGUUUCGUGGUAAGAUUAAUUCUGGAUGAAAAACCCGAUGUCAAACCCAUCUCGAUUCCACAGUAGACAGGCUUUAUAUUGGAUGCAGAGCUAAGACAGAGAGAGGGCGAGUGACACCAUUAUCAGCAUCAUGAAGACUCUGUACCUGACUCUGAGCCUGCUGCUGCUCGCCGUGUGCUGCUGCAACGCCAUGACUCCAGCACUCUACAGCGUUGCUCCUGGAAGCUGCUGCUUCAAGUUUUCGACAAAACGUGUGCCAGUGAAGUCUGUGGCUGACAUAAAGAAGACCCACCACUCCUGUGUAAAGAAGGGGUUCAUAGUCACGACUGUAAAAGGAAUACAGAUCUGCUACAGAGAAACUUUCAAGCAGGCUCUGGAUGUCUACAAUAAGUUCCACAACAUUGAGGGCAGUGGGCAGGCCCACUAA